UCGAAUGCUUCCUGAGACAUGCUUAUCGUUUGCAGGAUAAAUAUAAUGCACUGUUUAAUAAAAUUGUUGUUAUGUGUUAUAUUGACAUAAUAUUUGCUAAAAAUAAUUAGACAUUCUCGAGUCAGAAGUUACAGAAUUAAAUAUUGGAACCGAGUUUGUGGGGGAGGAAAAAUAAGAGCUCAAUAAUACCAAAUCUUAAACAUGCCAAAAAACCCUAAACCUGGUGGAAGCAAAAAGUCUCAAAUUGAUGGUGUCAAAAAGGCCAGAGUGUCAACAGCACCUAGGCAUCCAGUUUCAACUACUAUCAUCAAAUUUAAUCUAGAUCAAUCACCGAUAAUUUGUACUGUAACGGAACAGGAACCAUCGAAAAAUCCAGCAGAAAUCCCGAGAUUCAAGACAGGAACUUUAAAGACUUCCUUACACGGGGACAUUUUUCAACUGAGAUUGCUGAUGCUCUAUUUGCAUAGAGCUCUAAAGCUCUACAAGAACAGGCAGUUCUACAUCGCCACCGAGAUGAAAGCAGCCGAAGUUUUCGAUGACGUGGUACUACUGUACCAAGACGAAUCAAAUGAGUGGGUUUGGAGAUUUCUACAAGCUAAACACACUCUAGAUGAAGAAAAUAACAUCGUGACAAAAACCAACAUAUUUAAUUCAUCAAAAACUUUGCACGGCAUGGCUUUAGUAAAGUACUUGAGAUCGUACUGCAAAAUUAAAAGAUGCGAGACGUUUGAAGGAGCUCGUCUAGACAGUUUCAUUCUUUGUGCAAACCAUAAUUUCAACGAGGAAGCUAUGAAGCACUUGGAGUUAGACCAGACGACUGUUCGAGACCCUAUUUUAGAAUUCAGAGGCCGAAAAUGCAAAAAAUAUAAACUCACUAUUGAAUCUAAACAAGAACUCCUAGAUGCUUAUCAUAAAAGAUAUGAUAGUAAUGAAAUUCAGCCAACAAUUGAGGAUUUGGAUGAGUUUUUCGAUAAAUUCAGGUUUAUGCUUGAAUACCCGAACAAAGACGAGCUUCACAAGUUGAUAAACAAAGAAAUAGGUGAAGAGGUUAAACUUCUAAACCCGUAUUUUGCUACAAAUAGCUUCCAAGAAGAAGUACAUCGCUGGUUUGCUGAGUACAAAGACGGUAGCAGUUCUUAUUUAGUCAAAGAGGAAGGAGAUAAGUUCUUCAAAAAAAUCGGAGAGAAUAUACGGUCACUGAUGACUUCCGGUUUAUCCAAAGCUCGACCAGAAACUCUACACAACUAUGCAGUGAGCUUUAAUAGAAAUUUUGAUGUAUUAAGUAGAUUUCUUGCAGAAAAUCCCGAAAAGAACGUCCAAGUCAUGCACAUUAUUACUGAUUCUACGCUACUAAGUUCAAUAAAGGUUGCUCAGUGUUUAAAAUUUCAUGACUACUUGGAAACCCACGAUAAAUGUAUCUUUGUUCGACUGGAAGAAAUGUUAGUGGGAAAUCUGCAGAAUCUAGCAUGCGAGGCUUUUGCUUCCAAGGAGAGUCAUCAUUUAUUUGUAAUUGAAUGUCAGAAAGAUACUCCUAUUAACCAAGAUACUUUAGCGGAUCUGAUAAACAACUUAGAUGAAAUAUUAGAAGAAAACAGAGAGGACAAGGAAAAUGAUUCAUCGCGUAAACUUAAAAAAUUAAUAUUAAUAUCGAACGAGGAUCAUGUAUUAUUCACAAAAUUAACUGAGAUGAGAUCGGAAGGUUUAGAAUAUGAUGAAGUAAAAGAUUUAAACAGUUUCAGUCACUUUGAUAUCAAAUCUAAGGAAACUAUGCUCGAAAAAUUUAUAAUGUUUCAAGAUGAAUUGACAAAAAUAAACAAACUGAUAAACAUCAAAGCUGCCGAGGAGGUUUUGGACCUGGAGACGAUCGAAAUGCUUUUGUUACAAGAUGAAAUUGAGAUAGAGCCAGUUAAAGUUUCCAAAUUCGAUUCUUUCGAUAAGGAUAUGUACGAAACCAGAACUCUAUAUCGGCAAGUUGCAGAUUUAGAUAUACUCAACGAAAACUUAAUCAGCACGAGUUUGUUCUUUGUUCGAGAUAUACAAAGGAGAGACGACGAUAACUUAAAAGCUAUUAAACAAAAAUCUAUACAUGAAUGGAAUCCAAGGAUACGAUAUACGGUAGGCUUGAUUUUGAUACCCAAUGGCACAGAUCGAAAUGAUAUUGAUCAGCUUUACCUAAACUCUGAAACUGACAUGUUUUUCUUUGAAUAUAGUAACAAAUAUCUCUUCCUGGAUGACUGCAAGGGCAAUAUGAGGAAGAUCUAUCCGUAUGUAUCUAAUAAAUGUUUUUCGGAUCAUAUAAACGAAAACUACUUGUGCAGUGUAGUGAGCGAUUACAAGAAAAGAACUAAUAUAGUUGCCGAUAAUCCCGGUUUAGGAAAAUCAGCUCUGAUUGGAAGUCUAGCUUACAAUUUCAAAAAGCUUAAUCCUAUGCUCUGGGUUUUAAAGAUGAAUUUAAAUGACUAUGGUUUUAAUCCAAACAGCGCUCUAAACAAAAACGUUUUGGAGAAGUCCUUACAAGAAAUCAACUUUGAUAGAGACAAUAUGAAAGAAGCAGUAAGGUUUCUAACUGAUAUGGUAUAUCCUGUUGCCGCAGACAAGAGGAGGACUUGUUUUCAGAAGAGGUUCUUGGAGUUUGCUCUAAAUCAAGUAAAUCUGGAUUAUAAGUAUCCCAAAGUAGCGCUGUUAUUCGACGGUUUCGAUGAAAUUAGCCCAAAUUACAAAGAGAAUACCUUAAUUUUACUGCAGGCAUUGAAGAAAAGUCGCGCUGAAUAUAUCUGGGUCACCUCCAGACGACACGAACAGUCCAGCCUGGAGAGAGACCUAGAAAGUGUAGCGUAUCAUCUGAACCCUUUCUCCGAAACUCAGAAACUUAAUUUCAUGAAGAAGGUAUGGAGGAAAAGUGGAAAGUCCGAUGCAGACUUCGAUGAAGCCUACGACAGAAUAAAAACCGUCAUCUACCAAAGACUGUGGGGUGGAAUUCAGGUGGAUUUCAACGGUGUACCGUUGCAGUUGAAAAUGCUGACGGAUGUUAUGGUGUGGCGCAGUGGAGAGUUGCCCGAAAACUUUGAGCUGUCGAGUUUAUACAAGAUUUUUAUUGAGGAAAAGUUCAGAAUAUACUACACCGAGAAGAGCGUGGCAGGGAGAUCAGCCGGAGCAGAGGAAAUGAGAAGUAGAGAUGAAAAAUUGAUGAUUAUACUCCAUCAAGACAUAGCUUUUGAAAGUUUCUUUUCCGUAAAAGGACCCAGCGACAAACUACGUGAAAGUUUUGAACAAUUCAAAACUGACUUACAUCGGAUUGGAUUGGUAGUAGUUAAUAAGACUUCAGACAGAUCGUUCAGGUUCGUCCACCAAAGCUUCGGAGAGUACUUCCUGGGAAACUACCUCUGCCUCAACAUGGAACGGCCUGAAGUACGACAAGUCUUGUUUAAAGAAGUAUUGUGGGAAGCCAGGUUUCAAGCAGUGAGGAUGUUUCUGGACAAUACAGAAAUGCUACAACGUCAACUGAGGAGAUAUGCAAGCAAGGAACUGAGCGACUUAGCGAAUGGGGACAAAAGCCAAAAACAAGAAGUAUUCUACCGAAUGGUAGAUGAAAAAAACGUGAAUCUUUUAAGUUGUAUUUAUGAGAAAGUUAAAUUUAGUAAAUGACAGCGUAUGAUCGAGAAAAAAAAACGACGUUCAGUUGGUGUAUAAAUAA